CAACUUGUUCAUUAUCAACCGUCCAUUACCAAAAACAUUCAUUGUCUAUCUCAACAUUGAACAGCUAUAGUAGCUAUAACAGUUAUCACCCCCCCAGCUAUACUAUUUACGUACCUUUUUCAUCUAAGAAUACAUUGAUACGAAAAGCUGGUACACAUCUCUCAACCAUGGCGACCUCUCAUUUCGGCCUUCUCGACGAGCGAGAGGAAACCGAACUACACAAGACCCGUCUUCUUAAUGUCGAGGAAAAGCCCUUCAAGCGCCUAACCAAACGCCUCGUCUCUCCCGGCGCCUUCACGAGUCCCGGAAAAUUACCCACCCCUCCCCCUGACAGCAGCAACAACAACAACAAUGACGCCGAAGCAAACGCCUCCUCUCCGGCGGUGGACAUCGCCGCGCUAAAAGAAGACAUCAUCCUCGACUUCGAAGCCUUCGACGCGCAGAUCCUACGGCUGCAACUCCUGGGGACGGCGAACGAGCAGGAGCGGGAGCGGUACGGGGCGGACCGGCUGCAGAUCCUGGCGACGAUGGAGAGCGUGCGGGAGGGCAACGCGCGGCUGAAGGCGCAGCUGGACGCGGCGCGGGCGACGCUCGCGCAGCGGCGGCGCUUCGACGAGCUGGCCGACCGCAUCACGAACAACCGGAUGCUGCGGCCGCGCGCAGAGCAGGCAGCCAACCUAGCCAAGCUCGCGGACGAGUGCGAGGACCUGCGGCGCGAGAGCGAGACGUACGGCGAGACGUGGCGCGAGCGCCGCGAGCAGUUCGAGCGGCUCGUCGAGGAGGGCAAGAGGCUGCGCGCGCUCAUCCGCGACGAGAAGGAGGAGGUCGAGCGCAGGGAGGGCAUGGAUUCGGACGCGGAGGACGGCGAGGCCGCGGGUACCCCGGGGAAGGGCGGGCUGGUUAGCGGGAGCAAUACGCCUCAUCCGGAUAGCGGCGCGGUGUCGGGGGGUGGAAGAACGCCCAGACCAGAUAGUCCCGGUGCUGGGGCUGGGGCUGGCGUUGGGGCUGGCGUCGGUGUUACAGGGGGACAAUCGGGACUGAAGCCUCGGCCGGAUGUAAGCGGGAGCUUCUCGCGGGCUGAGAGCCAGGCCCCGAGCCAACGGGCGGGAAGCCAGAAUCCGAGAGAGGAGCCGGAGGAGGGCGAGGACGUCGAGAUGGAUGAGCCGGGGACGCAGCAGACCCAGCAGGCUGAUACGCCUAUGGCUGAGGACGCGGCGCAGACGCCGCAGAUCACGGUCGAGGGACCUAGCAACAGUGAGAGCAUGGAUAUAUCCUAGUAGAGUCGCGAACCGGAGGAAGAGGAGAGGGGGGAGGAACGGGAAGUUAUGGGUGGACAAGUCCUGCGGUCUUUAAGAUUUCAUGGAGCCGGUGCUUUGGCGUUGAUUUUUUCCAUGUCACCAGACAGGCACACACACACACAAACAGACACACACAUAUGUACAUCCGGAUUACGGGAGUAAGGGGAUAAUAUACCCAAUAAGCAGCAUGUCGCAGUAUUAGAUUAAUGGAAGAAGAGGGGGGGAGGGCGAUGGAUUAUUGAUUCUAUGCUACCCAAGCAGACCCCCCUUUCUAAGGAACAAUAAUAAUACGAAACGAGCAUCCGGCUCCGUUCUGUUUUC